AUGCCUCUUAUAAACGAAUUCCACGAUUCUCUCCCAUACAUUGAUGAUGAGCCCACCGCGCAGGCUCGUGCGAAUAUUGAUAAAAUUAUAUCCGCAGAAAUGGACCCCAAUCACCAAUCAAGCCUCCACCCGUCCAUCCCCCCUCUACCCGAAGUUCAUUUCUCUACCCUGAUGCAGAAAGAGCUGGACCGAAAAGAGGCUAACUUGCCUCUAACGGGCGGCAUCGACUUGUCAAGAUACGAGGCUCCAGAAGCUCCAGAGGAUACCUUGGCGUCAGGGAAAGAACCUGCACAGGUUCUGGAUAGCUGGCAGCAAACACUACGAAGAGCAUAUACCUCCAGCACUCAUCUAUCCACAAGACAAGAGAACCUGUCUCUACUGGAUGCGCAUGGGAAAAAUGCUUGGCUUAUUGGCAACUCUCAACUAGAAGAAAUCCUACGGCAGAUUGAAAAGGAACUACAGGAAACCAAGGAAGCUACCGAUGCUAUCCAUAAAGAGAGGAAAAUGAGGCAGGAAACAGCAAAGGGUGAGCUUGUGGGGUUGGAGGAUGCCUGGAAACGAGGAGUUGGCGGCAUAAUCGAUGUGGAGGUGGCUGCAGAGAAGCUACGGAGGGACAUUCUCGAGAAGCGACGUCAGCAAUCUCAAGGACAGGUACAGUAG